UGAGCGUGAUGACGUCACUCACAGAGAUCCUCCCUGUCAGCUGUGGCGUUAAAUAUCUAUCUCGAGCCUAGCGAGCAAACAGAGGAUAUAAUUGAGCUCUUUUAGGGUUUCCGUUAUGGAUAAGGUGAAUACUCGGUACAAUGUGCAGCUAUAUAUUUAUGAUCUAUCGAGAGGAAUGGCCCGCAGCCUCAGUCCCAUCAUGCUAGGAAAACAACUGGAGGGAAUCUGGCACACGGCUAUAGUUGCAUACGGGGAUGAGUUCUUCUUUGGAGGGGAAGGGAUCUCUAGCUGUUCACCGGGUGGAACGAUGCUGGGACCUCCGGACACAGUGGUGGAGCUGGGAGAGACUGAAGUGUCUGAGGAGAUCUUCAUGGAAUACCUCUCCUCUCUGGGAGAAAGCUCAUACAGAGGUGACAGGUAUCGUCUGUUUGAGCACAACUGUAACACCUUCACCAACGAGGUGGCUCAGUUCAUGACGGGCAGGAGCAUCCCCAGCUACAUCACCGACCUGCCGUCUGAAGUCCUCUCGACACCGUUCGGACAGAUUCUGCGGCCCAUCCUGGACUCGAUCCACAUCGCCCCUCCUGGGGGGAACGUCAUCAACGGGGGGAGGAACAUGUAACCUGAGAGGGGGGCGGAGUCACAGAGUGUUCACACAAUCACCUUCAUUGUCGUCAGUCAAUCAGAGGAUACAAAUACUCGUCUUUCUCUCCUCCUCUUUGGUAAAUAAAGGACGUAGUGGAAGCUGGACCGGUUUAUGGACCGGUUCUUUCUUAAAGUCAUUAUUUAAACAUAACUCUUAUUAAAAAGGAUUCAGGAGUACUAGUCUGAUGGUUUAUGUUUAAGGGGCAUCAGAUUCAACAUCCUAACAACAGUGUAGAAGACCUGACAGUCUACCAGCAGAGCCAGAUGUGAUCCCUCUCCUCUGUAAGAACUGACUUUAAUGAAUGUGUUAUUCUUAGGAACCCGUCUACAGAGAGUCCGGUGCUGCUUAACUCAUUAUUUAUUAUCCCCUCACUCUGCAGCUUAGAAAUAUUACACAUUAUACUCUUCUACUUUUAUCUUAUUACUGUUACUAAACCACCUACAACAUCUAAAUACCUCUAUAGUGCAUACAGCUUCUUUAACAGCGUCUGCUCAUAAGGGAAACAUGCUACUCUGCCUGUGUUUAGUUAGAGCUCACAGAGCGCCUGAGAGAGGACCUGAUCAGGGACAGGAGUCUGUUAGUUUGGUGCACAUGAAGAUCUUUCUUGCACGGGGUGAUUUCUGGAACCUCGGUGCACGGCGGGUUGUUUUCCACACAAACCAGAGAGGUGCAGGUUUUUGUGUUCAGGCUCAGGUCUUCCUCAGGACUCUGUUAUAUCAUCUGAAAAUGUUUGUUUCUAACUCUGAUAAUGACUCCAUGUUAUUUUCUCUUGUGUGUCUACAUUUUGAACCUCAUGUCAGUGUUUCUUUCUGUUCCUGUGCGGUCGAACCUGUUGUCUUUUUUUGUAUUUUUUGCACCUUUUUAAUCUGAAACUUUGGCCAUGUGUCCACGUACAAGAGGUUAGAUUAAAUACAUAUGUUUAUACCACAAA